GAAGGAACAGAGCAGCUGCGGGGACCUUCCCCAAAGCUGCGAGGCGGCGGAGGCCGCGCGGGUGGAGGACGGGGGAGCGCGGGGAGGGAUUCGGGACGCACCUGGCAGCCGGGGACCGCGGCCACUCCUAGGGGCGCCAGAGCGCCGCCCGCGGCGCUAUGGCUCACGUCAGCUCUCGCAAGCGCUCGAGGAGUCGAAGCCGGUCCCGGGGGCGAGGGUCCGAAAAGAGAAGGAAGAAGAGCAGUAAGGAUGUCCCGAAGAGCUGCUCGGCUUCUAGAUCCCAAGACCACAAGGCCAGCACCAUCUCCUCUGGGGCGGAGGCCUCACCUUCUCCCUGCAUCACAGAGAGAAGCAAGCACAAGGCCCGGAGGAGACCACGGUCCAGCUCCUCCUCCUCUUCUUCCAGUUCUUCUAGCUCUUCUUCCUCUUCGUCCUCCUCCUCUUCCUCCAGUGGUGGCCGGAAGAAGCGGGGGAAGCACAAGGACAAGAAGAGGAGGAAGAAGAAGAAGAAGAAGAAAAGGAAGAAGAAGCUGAAGAAGAAAGGCAAGGAGAAGACAAAGGUACAGCAGGGGGAGGCUCUGCCGGGACCCUCGCUGGACCAGUGGCACCGAUCAGCCGAGGAGGAAGAGGACGGCCCAGUCCUGACGGAUGAACAGAAGUCCCGCAUCCAGGCCAUGAAGCCCAUGACCAAGGAGGAGUGGGAUGCUCGGCAGAGUGUCAUCCGCAAGGUGGUGGACCCGGAGACAGGACGCACCAGGCUCAUUAAGGGAGAUGGCGAGGUCUUAGAGGAAAUCGUAACUAAGGAACGACACCGAGAGAUCAACAAGCAAGCUACCCGCGGGGAUGGCCUGGCUUUCCAGAUGCGAGCAGGGCUGUUGCCCUGAGGGCCCUGCUGGCUAAGUGCUGGUGGUGUGGCCUGGAGACUGGCUUCAGAGUGGGCAGCAGGAAGCCCAGUGGGUGCUGUUUGCCUUUCCUCCUGCGGACUGGCCUCUGGCCCAGCCUCCUCUCAGAUGCAGGGGGUGAGGACGGGGUCACUGGCCUCAUCAGCUCCUCCUUGCAAGAGCAUCACUUCCCAAAUAU